AUGUUUUGUGGUAUUUCAGAGUGUAUUUACUGCUUAACUAGUGUCAGUGUUACAAUUAUGACAUCAAGUCAUAAAUUAGCUUUAGGACUUCCUACUAAAUUAGCUCCAUAUCGAUCUGACACAGUUUACCUGGCAAUGAUAGCUACUACGCUAUCCCAAUAUGAAUAUGUUCUUAUAUGUGAUAAAUCCAAUAUCCGAGUGUCUGGAUCACCACAUGUUUCGCGCAUUUUAACAUCCGCUAUAAAUGGUAAAGAAGAUAUCACAAGUUCAGAUCCCUUUCUAAAGAUAUACAAUACCUAUUGA